GGUGAUCAAUUUUUAAGAACUUUGACAAUGUGGGGAUUAUGGUGCGUGGUGAUUUACUUCGGAGUUCUAACUAAUACAGUUUUGGGGCAGUUAGGGAUUUACGAAGGCAGUGCCACCGGACAUGGAGAUGUCGCGAAAGAAAGGUUUGUUGAGUCUUCAAAUGAUCCAAUUUUACCAGUUGACGCACAAGAGUAUGGUGAAUGCGUGCCGAAAAGUUUUCCAGGAUUACCGUUUAAUAUGAGGGGAAAGUUAUUUACAGAAAUGUUUAUUUGUCCGAACGGUUUUGUUAGUUUGAGUGAUCCCAACAUGCAAAAUUGGCCAUUUACUAUUGGAACGCUGGACACACAGAGAGACUCUGCAUUCAUUGCUCCCUACUGGUCAAGGGUUGACCUACCAGCUUUCACCUCGGGGAAUUCCAGAGUACGCUACAAUGACUAUCAUAAGGAUUUCAGCUAUGACGAGAACGUUUUUACUAAAGUUAACGAAGACGUUAGAAAGUUUAAUAAGAAUGAUAGUUUUGAGGCAACCUGGGUUUCUGUUAUCACGUGGGAAGACGUUCAACCGUUUGAUGCAGGAACAUUUGGCGGGAAAAAUACAUUUCAAGCGGUGUUUGUAUCGAAUGAAACAAGUUGGUACCUCAUGUAUAAUUAUGGCGAUAUGGACUGGGCAGUUCGUGCCCCAAGGGCGGAUUACACUCGAUAUCAAAAUCAAGCUGGUUUACCAGUUAUGGGUUGGAAUGCAGGAGCUGUUGGAUUUGACUACUUGGCGAAGCAACAAUAUGAAAAUUUGCCCUAUUCUGGUACAGUAAACGCCGAGUUAAUUGAUGAUAACAUUGAAGGCCAAAUCGGCACUGGACAAUGGAUUUUUAAUGUUGGUCAAACCGAGCAGUUAACGGCAGACUUACAGUGUUACCAAUGGUAUGAAAAACGAUCCAAGGUCCCUGUGGUUCCUAAACGACAAUUGAGCUGUCCAUCUUACUUCGAUUUGGCAUCGCUUGACGAUCGAUUUAACAAAGAAGCAGCAACAGAGACUAGCGAACGGGUUUGUUUUAUCAAUGUUUUACCGAAAAACGGCUCUGCUGUUCGAUGCUGCUAUGGAAAAGACCAGGGUGCUAGUCUAAUCACGUCAAUGCCACUGGCCGGAAGUGCCCUAACUAAGAACCCCCUAUACUUUGAAACCGAUGACUUAUACGGACAUACAAAAUGCUGUAUUGAAUCUAACAGAUGUAAAGCAUAUUACAGUUUACUUCCUAUUGAGACUGCAGGGUCAUAUGAAGCACCACAUUGGGCUUGGGGAUAUGGAGAUCCACACUAUGACAAUAUGGACCGCAUGAACUACACAUUCAAUGGUUGUGGUGAUUACAUGUUCUUAGAUACAGAUGAUAGUUCCGUUCAAAUUCAAGUGAGCUUCAGGCAGGCCACUGGAGCUGGCCUUGGUACGGUGAUAUCCGCUGUCAUACUUAAUCUGGCUGGAGUUAGUCCAAUCCAAAUUAAUUUAAAGUCAAAUGGAGGGUUGCUAUUUCUUGUCAACGGAAUUGAGUACUCUGGUGCAAGUAGUUUUGGAACGACACCAACUAUAAUAGAGGACAGUGUUUCGGUUACGAAACCUGUUGAAAAUCAGUUAUUACUAACGUCUAGCAGUGGAACCGGGAUUACAAUCAGAGACGAGAAAAAUCAUCUUGUAGUCACCAUUGUUUUAGAAAGGGGCCUUUUUGGUAAAACCAAAGGUUUGCUAGGAAACUGGAGCGAAAAUACAGACGAUGAUUGGUUACUUCCGGAUGGAACAAUCCUGACACCACCACUGACCGAUAAACAAAUUCAUUUUGACUUCGGAGAAAAAUGGAGGUUGAGUGAUUCAGAUAAUCUGUUUGUGAAUACUUCGGUGGAUAGUGAUUUUUUCUGCAGGAACGACUACAUGCCCAUUUUUGCGAACAACGUUACGUUUCCAAAUGAAACGCUUAAAGCUGCCGCGGAAGAGAUUUGUGGCAAUGAUAUGAAUUGCCUCUUCGAUAUUGCUGCUACUUUAAGUACGACAUUUGGACAGACAACGAAAAACAGUUCUGCUGCUUUACAAAGUGAUAACAAAAUCAUUGAAAACCUGGCUCCCGUAUUUAAUGUGGAAGAAGCCGUGUUUAACUUCACAUUGGGUUCACUAUUUGAAUAUACCAUCACAGCGUCGGAUGCAAAUGAAGAUGCUUUUACUAUAAGAGUCGACGGUCUGCCCACAGGCGCGACAGCUGUGCAAACUGGGAACAGUUUAAAGUUUUCAUGGUUGCCAAAUAAUACCAACCCGUUCAAAGUGAGCUUCAUUGUAACCGACUCAAAGAAUGCAUCUACAUCAUUGGUACCUUUAAUUAACAUGUGCGCAUGUCAAAAUGGCGGCACUUGUUUCGAAGCUACAAGUACGGGACUGAAUGCGCUAACCUUUGACGGUUAUGUCCUGCUGGAAUGUCGGUGUGCAAUUGGCUACGAAGGAAACCUCUGCCAAACAGUAAAGGAUUUCUGUGUAACUGAAUCUGGUUCACCCUGUCAUCCACAAGUGACCUGCACCAAUUCCCCAACUGGAUACAUUUGUGGACCAUGUCCCACUGGUUUUGGUGGAGAUGGACAAAAUUGUUCAGACAUCGACGAAUGCGAGCAGAAAAAACACAGCUGUGAAAUGGUGUGCAAGAACAACGCUGGUUCUUAUGAUUGCAGUUGUAAUCUUGGAUAUGUCCUCAAUGCCGAUCAAAAAAAUUGUGAUGAUGUUAACGAAUGCACAAGUGGCCAUGAAUGUGCGCAGACAUGUGAGAACACCGAAGGUUCAUACAACUGCUUGUGCUUAGACAAUUUCAAAGUUGAUCCAAAAAAUCCCCGAAAUUGCAUACCUGAAACUCCAUGCACAGGAAGUGGAAAAUGUGAACAUGUAUGUUAUGUUGAUGAAAGCACGAAAACGGAGGCUUGUUCUUGCAACCGAGGCUAUCGUCUUCAGGCAGAUGGCUUGUCAUGUACUGAUAUUAAUGAAUGUGACGAGUCCACAGAUCGCUGUUCUCAAAAGUGCACCAAUACUCAAGGAAGUUACACCUGUUCAUGUGUUGACGGGUAUACUUUGCAAAGUGAUAGUGUAACCUGUGAAGAUGAUGACGAAUGUAUUGAAAACCCAACAGCAUGUGAUUCUAGCAUUGGCGAAAAGUGCUUCAAUCUUCCCGGAACAUUUAAAUGUGAUUGUAAUGAUAAUCAAGGACUUGUGCGAAUAAACGGAACAUGCCAAGUUCCAACAAAUUCCACUAAAGAAAUAUUUGAGCCUGCUCCAACUCCGCCUGAUGCCACUGAAGAUCAAAUAAGCAAUGCUGUAGAAUUCCGUCUUUCCAAUUUCCAGUCCACACAAUACCAGAAGCAAACCGAUUCUGCAUUCAGAGCAGCCCUGGCUGAAGCCCUCACAACCUACUGUAAUUCAAACGAGGAAAGAAGAAUCGAGUGUGGAUUGCCAAGGAAUGGAUUUGCCUUUACUGAAUUACAUGUGCAUCGUCUUGCUAACAAUCCACAAAAUGACGGAAACGAUGCUCUGAUCUCGUUCUACGCUCUUUAUCCCAAUGGGACCCAAAGUACAGCCGGCGUUCCCGUUCCUCGGACUGUUUUAGUUACCGCUUGGACAGACCGACUAGACAAAAUAAAACAGGACACGGGUCUUGAAAUUUCGCUUACCCAAAUUGAGAAGACAGAAGAAGAGUCGAGUGGAGGAGAGUCUGAUGAACUUGAUUGGCCUUUAGUUCUUGGAGUAGCUAUCGCUGGUGUGCUCUUGCUUGUCCUGGGUGUUUGCGUUCUAGUUCUGGGAUGUGCUAAGAGACGUUCUGGAGGUUUCCCACCUCAACACGACUUUUAUGAACGAGGAAGAUGGUCAUUUGGCGAUCCAAAUUCCCAAAAUUCCAUCACUGGAGGAAGUCAACCAGGGUUUGAUGAAGACGGAUUACCUGUCGAAGUCGGGACAAAUUAUGGUAGUGGAAGGUAUGAGGUUGAUGGGAGUGUAGACCAGGCAUACUAUAACUACUAGGCACCAUGCAAAUAAGACCCAAAGAAUCAAAUGACCUCCGACGUACUGGAUUGUGAGAAACCCGGCACUAUUCGGAAAGCAAUGCGAAAUAACAUACGUUAUUAUGCAAACGGUAAGUCCCUUCUAGAAGGAAAAUAUCUUUUUACACAUUUCCCGCAAUUCGCCGACAUCCAGCACUGUCGGGAGGUCAAAAACACUUUUGCAGUUAAGUGCCAUGAACGAACACGGACACAUGAAUGAAAUACGGACCCAAAAUUUUAUAUAUAUAUAUUAGUAUAAUAGGUUCAAUAUGACGUAUGACAAUUACCACUAGUGCCAGGCUCUUAGUUGACAUGCUGGUUUCGCCAAGAUCUUUGGCUUGCAGUCAUUUCAAGAAAUAUAAAUUGAUUGCUAAAUCGAUUCCUUAAAGAAACCAUAAACUCCUUUUAACUGUUUUUGGAAUACUAUACGUUGAAAUGUCACAAUUGAAGUUCAUUGCCCACGUUCAGUGUUGCAAAGUCUGCUCGCUCCUGAGAACCAGGCACUGGGAAUUAUUUGUCACACAUCACUUUUCAAGAUUAGUUUAGAUUAGAUUAGUCAAUAGGUUUACAUUAGUUUAGCUUAAAUAUAUAAAUUUCCAAUAUAUGUAAUUUAUUAUAGAUCCAACAAAUCUAACACGUUUAAAUAUAAUAACAGCAGUUACAUGCUUAUAAUGCAUCGUUCACGAUUGCCAGAGGGGCUGAAAAUUAGACCAUUCCCCACGGAUGCUGCGUAAAGGUUGCAUAUUUAAUUGCUGGAUAUAGAAUUUCGAUACUACGAAAAAUUUAAAUAUGUGAAAAAGUCGAUUUGUUUUCAAAAAUUCGGUUCUGAUGGCAAGAGCGAACAUACAUGUUGAUGGUAUAAAGCCAUUAGCUGCAGUAUAUAUAAAAUAAAGAAAAAAAUUGUUUUAAUUUAUCAUUAGUUAAUAUAGCUCUA